AUGGAGAUAGGUUGGUCCUCAGUGUACCCGUCAAUUCCUAUGAUCCACGUGUUACGUGGUUGUGAUGUGUCGAAUCAAAUUUGGAAGAAGCUGAUUCCAUGCUCUUGUUGGGAUAUUUUUUUCGGCAUAGAACUAGAUAAUUGGUUAGAGAUAAAUCUUGCUAAUAAAUUGAGAUUUCCAGAUGAGAGUCCGAACUGUUUGUUUAGAGUAAGCUUGUGGCAUAUUUGGCAAGAGCAAAAUAACUUCAUUUUGAAUGUUGUUGCUCCGUUGGUGGAUAGAAAAAUAUAUGAAGUACGGAACUUUGUUGGCAAUUUUCAGCAAGCGCUCUCCAACUUGCAGAAACUCUGGCAAAGCGAAAAUCAACCUCAUGACGGCAUGGUGGAUAAAGUGUAA